AUGGCAUCACAACCCUGCGACUUGGUUACUCUCGAGCCUACAAGGGUCGUUGAAACCCUUAAGAAUCUCACCACAAGGUUUCAUGACUACAGAGUGGUUCAGGUCGUGAACUUGUUAUCCACUGCCAAUGAUGGAACCAUGAUGCAUUUAUAUAGGCAGUUCAGAUUCCCCUCGGAGUCCCAUACUAUUACUCCUGAUAAGUCUCAUGGAAAAGCCAUCAUGGUUGUUGAAGAUAAUGAAAUAGAAAAGCACCAAGGAGAUUUCUUGGACAUAACGAUGUUGUUGAGCCUCUUGAAUCAACCCCUUUAUUUGAGAAGUAUUGCACAUCUUGAGCAGUCGCUGAACUUGUUAGAUGUGAUCAUUGACUAUGCAGAAAGCAAGCAAGUUCCUGCUCCUGAAGAAUCACAUGUUCAGAUAUCGACUACAGAGAAAAGGGAGAGAUUAUUUUUGUCUGGAUAA